AUGGCUCCCUUGAUUUCCAAGAAGGUGCUGAUGAUCACCAACAUCGAGCGUGGCGAGAUCAACACCUUCCUCGCCACGGCUGCGGCCCUCAAGGCUGCCAACGUCGCCUUGGACCUGCAUCUCGCCACCUUUGAUGGCGUCCAAGAUGCACUCCCCGAGGGCGUCACGUAUCACCAAAUCAAUGGCAUCUCCAUGUCCGAGGCCCUUCAGAAGCAUUUCCUUCGCACGCAGGGACAUGCCAACUUCCCGGACUCCUUCACCAGGGAGCCUGGCUUCGUGAAUACCCAACAGGCCAUAAAGGACGCCAUGUCGACCUCUGUCCCCUACACGGGACCCCAGAUGGUCGACGUCUUCACCUCCAUCGUGUCCAUCAUCAAGGACACCGAGCCAGACUUGAUCGUCGUUGAUAGCCUCAUGGCCGCGGGCCUGACUGCCUGCUACCAUGUGGGCACCAAGUUCAUCUGCCUUGGUCCAACUUCCAUCAAGACAUUCGCAGCCUCCUCGCAGCCUCGCGCCGCCGGACUCUGGAAGUUUCCAGCGCCCUUCUCUGGAUUCUCGUACCCUGUGCAGUGGCACCAGAUACCCUUGAAUCUUUUCUAUGCCUUCUCUCAGGUUAGGGCCCUCAAGAAGGACAAUCAAAGAAAGGAUGUUCAAUCGUACCUGAACGCCCACUGCGUCAUCAGAACUCCUGCCGACCUGGUUGACAACCGCCCCGAGGGCGUCAAGAUCCUGGUCAGCAGCCUUCCCGAGCUGGACUAUCCGCUCAAGGUGCCUGCCCACAUCAUCCCCUGCGGACCUGUGGUUCGAGCCUACGCUCCCCUCUACAAGACCAAUCCGAAGCUGGCCGAAUGGCUCGCCAACGGACACACGAUCCUCGUCAACAUGGGAGCUCUGGUCAAGGUCUCGGAGGCGCAGGCCUUUGAGAUGGCGAAAGCCCUCAAGACCGUCAUUGAUCGUUUCGACCAGAACUCCGAGAAGAAGCGGAUUCAGGUGUUGUGGAAGCUCCAGAAGAAGGGCAGAUACUCCAUCUAUGCGCCUGAAUGCAUCCUCGCCCACGUCCUUGGCAAGGAGUUCGCGUAUGAUCGCGUCCGAGUCGUUGACUGGAUUCAACCCGAGCCCCUUUCCAUCCUCCAGACUGGAGACGUCAUUUGCUCUGUCCAUCACGGCGGAGCAGGCUCGUUCAACGAGGCUGUUGUCACCGGCGUUCCCCAGGUCGUCCUGCCAGCUUGGGCGGACAACUACGACUACGCUCAGCGUGUUGAGCUUCUCGGCGUCGGCCGUUGUGGCAACAAGACCACCAAGCCUCACUGGACUUCGGGAGAGCUUUCUCGCGAAAUGCUCGACGUUCUCAUGGGUGACAGCGCAGCAAUCAUCAAGGAGAAGGCCAUCAUUCUGCAGCAUGCUUGCCAGGAGAAGGGCAGCGGCGCUGAGAAUGCGGCCCUUGCUAUCCUGCAUGAGUGCAGCCUUCUCUGA